AUGCCUUUAGACCUAUCAGUAUACCUAGUCACAGAUUCGACCCCAGCCAUUCUUAAAGGCCGGGAUCUGUGUACUGUGGUAGAAGAAGCCUUGAAAGGAGGUGUGACUCUUGUGCAAUAUAGAGACAAAACAAGCGACACAGGGGACUUGAUUCAAACGGCUAAAAAGCUGCACAAGGUCACCAAAGCUUAUGGAGUCCCACUGUUAAUCAACGAUCGCGUAGAUGUCGCCCUCGCCGUUGGAGCAGAAGGCGUCCAUCUUGGGCAAGACGAUAUGUACAUCGAGGAGGCGAAAAAUCUGCUUCCCAAAGAUGCUAUCAUCGGAAUCAGUGCGUCUUCCGUCGAAGAGGCCCAGCGAGCCAUCGAGGCGGGUGCCGAUUACCUGGGUAUCGGAACCAUGUUCGCAACGCCGACUAAAACAAACACGAAACACAUCCUCGGAACAGCAGGCACUCAGGCGAUCCUUGACGCUAUUUCCGGCUCGGGUCGAAAUGUUGGGACUGUCGCUAUCGGCGGUAUUAACCUCUCAAACGUGCAGCGUGUGAUGUACCAGUCCAAAGCCCCCCGAAAGGGACUGGACGGCGUCGCUAUCGUCAGUGCCAUCAUGGCAGCAGAUGACCCGCGCGCUGCGGCCGAGGAAUUUGUCCAACGUAUCAACAGCCCACCCAGCUUCGCAUGGGAACCCAGGGCACCUAGAGUGAAUGAAGCGGCAGCAUUGGUCGAGGAGGUGCCUCAAAUCGUUCAGAAGAUGGUCAAGGCACACCCAUUGGUCCAUAACAUGAUCAACUACGUUGUGGCCAAUUUUGUUGCCAAUGUUGCUCUCGCAAUGGGCGCUUCCCCCAUCAUGUCACCAUACGGCGAAGAAGCAGUUGACCUGGCCAAAUUCGACGGAGCUCUUGUCAUCAACAUGGGAACCUUGUCGCGCGAAAGUAUACCAAACUACCUCCAAGCGAUCAAGUCAUACAACGAGCGCGGAAAUCCUGUGGUCUACGACCCCGUCGGCGCUGCUGCGACCCAGGUCCGGCGCGGGGCUGUAAAGGAGCUUAUGAGCGGGGGCUACUUUGAUCUUAUCAAAGGAAACGAGGGAGAGAUUAGACAGGUGUCAGGAAGCAGCAAUGCAGUCCAGCGCGGCGUGGACAGCGGACCAAGCACUCUUGACGGACAAGAGAAGGCCAAAUUGGCCCGCGACCUAGCCCGAAGAGAGCGAAACGUUGUCCUUUUGACCGGCGCUGUCGAUUACCUAAGUGACGGCGAGCGAGUGAUCACUGUCGAGAAUGGCCAUGAAUUCCUUGGACAAGUUACCGGCACUGGCUGUGCCGUGGGAAUGGUAUCUGGCUGCUUCCUGGCUACACACCCCUCCGACAAGCUCCUGGCCGUUCUGUCAGGUCUCCUGAUGUAUGAGAUUGCGGCGGAGAACGCCGCGUCAAAGGACUACGUCCGGGGACCGGGAAGCUUCGUCCCGGCGUUCCUGGACGAGCUGUACGCCAUCCGGCAAGCAGCUCUAAAGGGUGACGACAGCUGGUUCUCCGGGCGGGCAAAGAUUCAAGAGAUCAAACUAUAG